GUUGCAGAGACCCUUGUCGUUCAAAGUUCGGUUUCUUGGCCGAGUAAACACUUUCUGGGUAGUGAGCCAAACUAACCGACAGUUAUCUUGGAACACAAUUUGGACAGGGGGGAGAAAAUAAAGACGGGCAACCUGAGCGCUCCCAGCAUGGCGCUAAAAACUGAAGAAAGUCGGGUCUAUUUAAUCAAAAACUCAACAGGAAACGAUGUCAGCAGCGUAAAAGAACCCGACAAUGCAGACGCAAACAUGUACCGGCCCGGACACAUUAAUCCGCUACUAGCCUGUGACAUGGAAAAACAAUGCUGUCAGACAGCUGCUGCUACUCAGGAGGAGUUGUUAAAUGCUGCCUGCCGUGUGGGCGACAGUCGCUCUUUUUCUGCCUGCGCCACAAUCUCAGAAACAGCCAGAGAGCUGUGCAAAGCUGUGUCCGUGUCACUGGGACUGGCCAUGGAGUCCAAUGACUCGAGCGACAUGGACGCUGCUCACACCCUGUGUGCCGCGAAUGACCAAAUGCGAGGAGAGUAUUUGUUCGGAGUCGGAGCCCUGCCUAUGAACUGUCCCGGAGCUCAGGGUGUUUCCACCGAGUACAAGUGCCCCGACCGCGAUGACCGCCGCUCCCUGCACGGACAGAAGCAACUGGUGGAAAUGUUCAAAAGUUCAGAGACUGCCGCGCGACUGCAACACCUCACCUCCACUCGGACAUCUGUGGAAGAGCCAAGCUUCACACUGUGCGAUGCUGAGGACAUAACUUCAGAGGAGAUAGAUUAUCUGGACACAGCGCGUGCUGCCUCUUGCCCUUAUGCCCCAUCUGCGCCAGGCAACUUGGCCCACUUCGGUCAGGUGGCCGCUGAGCGACCGUGCCGAGUCUACAAGCCCCCCGAUGAAGCGGGGGACUUCGGGGAAGCCAUGGAGAACAAGUUCUUUGGUUAUCAGCCGGAACAAUACAGCGUCACAGUGAAAUGUGAGGACGGGGAACCUGCUGGGGCAUUGUGGGGCAGUAAUUACACCUUUAAUGAGAAGUACAACUCGCAGUGUUGGGGCUCGAGGCAGUGCGUGAAUGCGCACAGCUCAGCGGCCAACACCGCGUUCAUAUGUAAUCCAUAUGAAAGGAGCGCAAUGCGCCCUGAGCAGUGGUACCCUGGCGGGACGCUGAGGCCGCCGUACCCAAACUCCAACUACGUGAAGACAGAAGUCGGUGAAUGGCUGGAUGUCGCAGGUAACAGGUUCGAGCCUGGCAGAGAGCACAUGUUCCCCAUGGAGUUCUUCUUUCCACCACAGAGGACAUGCCUCAUCUGUUCAGAUGAGGCAUCUGGUUGCCAUUACGGUGCGCUCACCUGUGGCAGCUGCAAGGUUUUCUUCAAAAGAGCUGCAGAAGUAGGUAAACAGAAAUACCUGUGCGCAAGCAAAAAUGACUGCACUAUUGAUAAGCUAAGAAGAAAGAACUGUCCAUCUUGUCGGCUGAAGAAGUGUUUCGAAGCUGGAAUGACUCUCGGAGCACGUAAACUGAAGAAGAUUGGACAACAGAAAAACCCUGAAGAGGAUCAUCCUCUUCAGGAACAUUCAGAGGUCAUCCAGAACAUCUCUCCUAAAUCAGGCCUGAGCUUCAACUCCCAACUGGUCUUCCUCAACAUCCUGGAGUCCAUUGAACCCGAGGUGGUGAAUGCAGGGCACGACUACGGCCAACCAGACUCCGCUGCCACCCUGCUCACCAGCCUCAACGAGCUGGGAGAGAGGCAACUGGUCAAAGUGGUCAAAUGGGCAAAAGGAUUGCCAGGUUUUAUAAAUCUCCAUGUGGACGACCAAAUGACUGUCAUUCAACAUUCAUGGUUGGGGGUGAUGGUGUUUGCCCUGGGAUGGAGGUCCUACAAGAACGUCAACGGCAGGAUGCUUUACUUCGCCCCGGAUCUUGUGUUUAACGAACAUCGGAUGCACAUUUCCACCAUGUACGAGCACUGCAUACGGAUGAGACAUCUUUCACAGGAGUUGCUGCUGCUGCAGAUCACUCAGGAAGAGUUCCUCUGCAUGAAGGCCUUGCUCCUCUUCAGCAUUCUUCCAGUGGAGGGUCUGAAGAGUCAGAAGUACUUUGAUGAAUUGCGUCUCACCUACAUCAACGAACUCGAUCGCCUCACUAAUUAUGGAAUGGCGACCAAUUGUCCUCAGAGGUUCUACCAGCUCACCCGACUCCUGGACUCUCUCCAGAUGACGGUAAAGAAGCUCCAUCAGUUUACAUUUGACCUGUUUGUGCAGGCUCAGUCGCUCCCCACGAAGGUCAGCUUUCCAGAGAUGAUUGGAGAAAUAAUCUCAGUCCAUGUACCAAAGAUCCUAGCAGGUUUGGCUAAACCGAUCUUGUUUCACGAGUAGAAGGAUUUUUUAUUUAUCAAAAAGUGACUCAUCUUUGCUGCCUACAUAAACUUUAACAAAGGUAUGGUUUCCCUACACCAGCCUAAUAUCCCUGUCUUGUAAACAUUGUUUUGUUUCUCAAGUUUUUCUGUUCCUUUCAGCUAUAAUUGAGAUUGUUUGUUCAGCUUUUAUCUGAAGCACUGCAGAGAGUCAGUGUUUUCAGCCUGAGCAGAGAUGUUACUUUACAUACACAGUAAGUCUGUAAAUCAUUAUUACAGUAACCUAAAAGUAGCGAGGUUAAAACAUUUUUUCGCAUGUGACCUUCAUUAUAAAUACACCUUGACAAUUUGUUCACUUUACUAAACUCUACUAACACAAAAACAAAAGACGGCUCGAAGAGCAGAUGAGAAUUGGAUCAAAGAAAGAAACAAAUACUUUGUUUCCCGUCUACCAAAAUCUGACGAUUCAUCAAGUAUGAUGCCAAAUUAAGAAAAUAAAGUUUUAACUGCAUAAUAUGUAGAUUUUGUCUUCAUGAGAAAUGACCGGAUGUUUACUAGAUCAGCAAAGACUUCUGAGCAUGAGACAUGAGCUUACUGGACACACUCAACCGCCCCAAUGGCGAGGUUAAAGUAAUUAACCGUUCGAUAACAUAAUAACACAUGAUGGCGAGUGACGUCAAGAUAUAGUUAAGAGGAAAAAAGCUGGAACUCACUUAUAUAAUGUACUGUAUAAACAUAUUUAACAAUACAAUUAAAACAAACUCUUGUGAUGCAGAGAAGACGUAUUGCUUUGGUAUUCUUCAUUGUUUAAAAUCUGCAGGUAAUGGCAUACUUUAUUGUUAAUUUGGGAGGCAGUAUGCACUACAUACUUAUUGAGAAUGUAGCUUGCAGUACGUUAGUUUGCAAUUUCGAACACAGCCCCAGUUUUUCUAAGUGCUGCCUUCAGGUGCACCUACUAAGUUCCUGCUUGUAAAAUCAAGUGGUAAAUACAUCUUGGUCAGCAUUCAAGUAUGACGGCUUAUUAGGACCAUUUUAGGUAAAACGAAUUAAUUUAAAUUAC